AUGACUCAAAGGGCUAAUGAUUUUCUGAAAGAAAUUGAAAAUUUGCUGGAAGAAUUAGAGGCUUCGCAUGAAAACAUCUACCAACACUCCAUUUUGUCCAAUUUGACAUCGGAAGAUGCCUCAUUUCUUUCCGAAAUGAAUUCGUUAAGCAAAUCGAUGUUGCAGGGAAUUUUGCAUUUGGGUUCACUCAUAGAUCUCGUUGAUGAACAGUUGAUCAGGCUCUUGUGCAAGGCAUUUUAUGGAGAAACAACAGUUGAAGAAUUAGAAGGAACAGUUAACUUGGACCCAAGUAAUCCCAAAUUUCUAAAGGGAUGUGCGGAGGAGACUCGGAUCUUUUCCGCUUUACUCAUUGUUUAUGUGUCUGACCAACUAAUUAAACUCUUCAAAGAACGGUACGAAUUGGAUUGGGUGGAAAUAUUUGAAAAUCAAAAAAACCUAUUUGAUAAAAAGGCUGAAGAACUUCUGUCCAAAUCACAUAAAGGGGAUCGAGGAAAAACAAAGACUUUGCUCACCGAAGGAUACUAUGCAAAAAUAGCUAAUAAGAACUCAAAAGCAACCACAUUGUUGGAGAUCGCUGAUCGAGCGAAUGCUCAUAAAUUUCUGGCUCUUCCGUGCGUUCAGCGUUUCAUCGAUCGCGUUUGGGUUAACGGAAUGGAUUCUGUGGUCGUAGUUGCACCGGCACCGAUCCGCGAUCAAUCAGAAAAUCAAGAAAACAAGGUCAGACCGUGUUCAACGUGUUUUCAAUUCUACAAACGACCAAGGAAUAUCUUUGUGGUGCAUACGGUUAACAAAAUGAAUUCUGUGGGCGAAGUUGAGCCGGCACCGAUCAGCGAUGCUGCAGAGAAUCAAGAAAGCGAGGUCAGAUCGCGUUCAACGUGCUUUCAACGUUUCAUCGAUCGCGUUUGGGUUAACGGAAUGAAUUCUGUGGGCGAAGUUGAGCCGGUGCCGAUCAGCGAUGCAGCAGAGAAUCAAGAAAGCAAGGUUAACGAAAUGAAUUGUGUGAUCGAAGUUGAGCCGGCACCGAUCAGCGAUGCAGCAGAGAGUCAAGAAAGCAAGGCCAAAACGCGUUCAACGUGCUUUCAAUUCUACAAACGACCAAGAAAUACCUCUAUGGUUAACAAAAUGAAUUCUGUGGGCGAAGUUGCGCCGGCACCGAUCAGCGAUGCAGCAGAGAGUCAAGAAAGCAAGGCCAAAACGCGUUCAACGUGCUUUCAAUUCUACAAACGACCAAGAAAUACCUCUAUGGUUAACGAAAUGAAUUGUGUGAUCGAAGUUGAGCCGGCACCGAUCAGCGAUGCAGCAAAAAUCAAGGAAAGGAAGGGCAGACAGCGUUCAACGUGUUUUCAAUUCUACAAACGACCAAGAAAUAUCUUUGUGGUGCAUACGCUCUUUUACCUCCUUUACAUGGUUCUUUAUGGACUAUUUCUGCAAUACAUGUAUUCACUCGGAAGGAGCUUUGAAAACUCUGAGAUUAACUGGAAACUGAUUGGAUGGGCUUUUGGAUUGAUUUUCUGGCAACUUACUUUCAUCUGGGAAACCUAUGUUGUCGAAGUUCGAGGCAGUUCUCUAUCCUAUUCUUCCCUCUAUUGGAACUAUCACCGAUACACACUUCUCCAUUGGAUCUUCCUCGUUAUAAACACAAUACCGUUAGCAAUUCUCUUCAUCUGUACUAUGUUAUAUGAAAAACACCGAAUUGAAAUAACUCCAAAGAAAGAAUGGUUGAUUCUGUGGUACGAAUUCUUCUUCUACCUCAAUUUUAUCUACACUUCUCUUCGAUCUCUCCUCAUUUUGACGAUCGUCCCAUUCUUUGGAACAAUCAUUUUCACAAUUGAAAACAUGUUUAAAACGUUUUUCAAAUUUGCGCCAGUGAUCAUCAUGUUUUGGUUGGUUUACUCGACGGUUCAGUUAUCCUUAACAGAUGUCACAUCUGAUAAGAACUUUGUUUGGGCUAUGUUUAUUCAUGGAGCUUUCGAGUUGGUGCAAGAUACACAGGACGAGACAAAGAGUGGAAGUAUUCAAUCGGUGGGAAAUGUGAAAUGCCCAGAUGAGACACAAUCGGUGCUAGGAAAACAGUGUUUUCUCCGUCGCGGAAUGGCUCCAGUUGUUCUCUUCUUCUACAUCAUGGGAGCCAGUGUUCUUGUCAUCAACAUCCUAACUACGCUUAUCAACAAAAAAUAUGAUGAUGCAGAAGCUAGAGCAAGCCAUCACUGGAAUAGCCGAAAGUUGAGGAGAACGAUGCUUUAUCAGAGAAGUCAUCUACCACCACCAUUCAACAUCUUCGUUGACUUUGGAGCUUUUCUGAUAGGCCUUUGCGGUGGAGAGGGGAUUAACAAGCUUCGUGGACUCAAGGAGAAAAACAGCUAUCGGCAUUGUUAUUUACGAGCCAGGUUUCAAACCCUGCCUAUGUUAGGAAUAGCUUGUGUAGCGGGGAUUCCUUGGGCGUCUACGAGCUCUUCAAACAUUGAAAACGGCAAUGGAAAUCAAAAUGACAAUAAG